UCACCGGCAGCAAGCGGCAAGACAGAGUUUCUUCAAUCUGGACCUAAAAAUUUUCUGCUCGUGCGAAUACAAGAUACUGAGUUUACACUGCACGUGUAGUAUAGGAUAUGAGUCUUGCAAAUGGUGCAUAGAAUGUCAAGAAAUUUGCCGUAAGUGUAGGGAAAAUUUGUAAGUUUCUGCCUCCGAGCUCGAAUCGGUGCGUGCCGCAACAACAACAACGUGCAGUGUAAUCGAGUGAACAAUGGCUUCCGCAGAAGGAGAAGUUAUCGAGAAUGGUGUCGCUACCGUGAAACAGUCCGAGUUAAAGCUUGUUCAGACCGUGAAGAAAGUCACAAACCUGGUUGAAAGCGAGUUAAUUUUGACCGAAAACGAACUUUCUUGGAAAUGGCAACCAGUGGCCACAGCGACACAGACAAAAGGCAAAGACGAUAACCAGACUAAAGGAAACAAAACGAAUUCAGUAACAGAAGAGUCUGUGCGAGUCAAUUGGGUGCUGAGGGCUAAAGUUGAAACAGCAAAGGCUACAGAGAAACCUGAAGGCGAGGAGAAUGGAGAGACCACAUCUGAACUUGUUAUCCACUAUAUCCGACGUCAUGAACAGCCUGAGUUUAGACUUAGUAUGGCCCAAGUCAAGUUUAGCGGGCCCACAAACAUUUGCACAGAAUGGGAAACGGUAUUGACUGAUCUUCUGGCAAAGAAAGCUCCACAGCGUCCCAAAUCUCUUCUGGUCAUUGUCAAUCCUGCUAGUGGCUACAAAAAGGCUGAGAAGAUAUACCGUGAUAAGGUUGCUCCUAUCUUUGAGGUUGCUGGAAUAACAACAGAAGUUGUGGCUACCAAGAAACCUAAGGAUUCCUCUGAAAUUCUGAAUAACCAUGACCUAGCCAAGUUUGAUGGCAUUGUGUCAGUGGGAGGAGAUGGCACCCAUACUGAAGUGAGUUCAGCUCUGCUGGAGAAGACCAUGAAGGAGGGUGGGGUGGAGGAAGUAACACCUACUACAGUUCUGCAGUCUCCCUCUAUUAGACAUGGCAUGAUUCCUACAGGUUCCGGGAAUGGACAGCAGAUUGGAUUGACCUACAGCAGAGAUGUGGCCACUGCUGCCCUUGUCAUUGCUCUAGGCGACAGUCGUCGUAGAAGCGUAGCUAUGAUUCACUGUGGGGAGAAACUGUUGGCUUACUCCUACCUUCUAAUAGGUUAUGGUUUCCUCUCCCAAAUCAUGGAGAUUAUGGAGAACAACAGGUGGGCAGGGCCAGCCCGUUACCUUGCUGUUGCUUUUAUAACCUUGGUGAAGCGCAAAGCUGCUGAAGUGCAGCUAGAUUACUUGCCUGGAGAUGAAGAAAGUCGUGCAGAUUUUGAAAUCCUGUCAGAAAUCAAACCCGAAAAAGUCAACAACAAAGGGUCGAGUGUUGACCCUCCGGCAGCUGGUGGUGCAGAUGCAGAACAGAAAGUGACCAAUCAGGCUGAAGGCACCGAUGCUGAACAGAAGAGCGCCGACCAGGCUGAAGGGGCUGACACAGAGCAGAAAGCUACCAGUCCCGCCGAGGGCACAGACAAUGGGCAGAAAAGUGCGGACCAGGCAGAGGUUUCUAAUACCGAAGAGAAGAGCACUGGUCAGGCUGAUGGCGGCAACGCUGGCGAGGCCACUGGGGAGGCCAGUUCAGAGCAGCCAAAAUCGGACGCUGCAGAGAUUAAGUCGACCGAGGGUGAGAAGGGAGGUGAAGCAGCUGUAGGACAGGAGGAGGAGGCCGCUGAGGAUCCACUACCAGAAGGUUGGAAGAGAGUGUGCGGAAAGUUCAUCGGAAUUGACUGUUUCCUUAGCCGAGUGGACAAGCUGGAUUACAGUCGUCUGUAUAUGGUGGAGGAGAGUGUGGAUCCAUCUGUACUGGGACUGACUAUCACUCAGCCAUGUGGUCGUAUUGAACAUGCCAAGCACAUGCGCAGGUUGCAGAAGGGAGAGCUCAGAAAGUGUUUUACCGAAUCUGGCUUUGCCAAAAUCUUGGGGGUGAAGGCUUUUAACAUCAAAGCUAUAGGAGAAUGGAGGCAUUCCUCUAAAGCCAAUGCAAUUGAUUGGGAUGGAGAUAUGCUGUACUGCCCUGAGCCUCAUUUUGAAGUCAGAUGCCAGCCUGAAAUUGUGCCAACAUUUGCCCGAGUGGAUGGUCCAGAAUUAAAGAAAAUCUGCAUCCAGGAAGAGGAGAGAAAGAAGGCAGCCCUCCAAGCAGAGCAGGAGAAGAAAGAACAGGCCUUGAAGGAGAAGAAGGAAGCCGCAGCUGCUGCCAACAAUGCUAAAGCUGCAGAAAAUGAGGAGAAGCCCUCAGAAGGGGAUGGUAAACCAUCAGACGCAGAAACCAAGCCGGCUGAGACUGAGACCAAGCCAGCUGAAAAUGAAGCGAAACCAGCCGAGGGAGAAGUCGCCUCAGAAGAGGCGGGACAAAAGGAAGCUGAUGAAAAUCUCCCAAAAGCGGAAGUAGAAAUCAAAGUUACCCGAAGCCCAGAAAAUGAUCCUCAGUAACCAUUUUGUUUCUAAUUAUAAAACCAUUUGAAAUCAAAACUGCAGCGUAAAGUCAUCUCAUCAAAUGGCAACAUUUUGUUCUUAAGCAAAUAAAUGGGCUAGUUUUAAUAUACAUGUUCAAAAGCUCUGCUGAGGUAACUAUGUGUUGUGUAUUUGUAAAACAUCUGCUAUGAAAAAAAAAUCUAUGAAUAUUUCGUCAUUGAGUCAAGAUUAGAAGGAAGAUGAAAAAAGAAUAUUGUAUUAUGUCAUUGAUAACUCUCAGUAUUGAUUUGCGUAUUUUGUGAUUUAUUACCAUUACAGGUUAAAAACAUUUUAUAUUUGCAGCUUUAUUUUUUCAUGAAUCUCUACAAAGUUGAGUCCAAUUGUUUUUGCUUCAAAUUACCAAUAAUCAAAAUAAAAUAUACUUGGCAAGUUUUAUUGUUAAUGCUAUUAUUUGCUGUAGAAUCAAAUGUGCGUCUGCUGAUUUUGGAUAGCUAUGUUAUUGCAUUGCAUAUGUUGCACUAUAGCUCACUAUCAAACUUUCUCAAUAUUGCCUAUUGUCAUGGUGCACUUAUAUUUUUAUAUGGUUCGAACUUCUAUAUUUGUGGUAAAUGUUUCUAUUCUUGUAACUUUUUGGCAAUCAUUUAGGGUAUGCCCCUUUUUGUAUUCUUCAAGUUAAACCUUGCCAUUGCUAUCUGUCCAUUUUCUAAUAUUUUUCUCCAUUUGAUUUGUUUUUGCUACAAUACUCCUUGCUCAGUGCAAUAUUUGUAUUUUUCAUGGCUAUUUUUCAAGCUGAAAGAUUUUUUUAAAUGUUCAUUAUACUCCAAAUUCAGCAUUUUUGACAGGAAUUCUCCCAAUACUGUCUUGCAUGCUAGUGGUGCAUGUUUGCAGUUCUUAGAAUUUUUUGAUCGGUCAGUGUAUUUAUCAGCAUUUUUAUUGUUAACAGUAUACAUAUAACACAUGUUUCUAGCAAAUUUAUAGUGAAUGCAGACCAACCUUUCUCUAGCUUGUCACAAGGAAUACCUUUAUGUACACAAAAUCCACCAUGUUUUACUUGUUUUAUUUGUGACUUCAACAGGAAAUAGAAAGAAAAAAAAAAAAAGAAAAGCAGCAAACUUGGGUUAUGGAAUGAUUCGUUUUACAGUGUUUGUUUUAUUGUACAAUUUUAUCCAACAGUCUCACUCAAAAUGACUAUUAAAAUGUUUGUCAUGAUAUUGUGGUAUAUGGCUUGAAGUUGUGUAUGGCAUAUAAAUGGGCUUCUUUGGAAAAUCUGCCAAAUUGAAAGGUGAGGAAAGACAGGAUAGAUUAAUGUAAUGUGACUGUGGCCUUUACUUACACAUGAUCUAUAUAUGUAAAUCUAUUCAUUGUUCAGUGCACUUUGCCAAAUAAGGUGAAUUUCUUCCCUAUAACCUGCCCCAAUGGAAGAGAAAAAAGAACAAAGAAAAACUUCUUAAAAAAAAAAAUUCCCAUGUACUGUUACCAAUUUAUAGCUAUAAUGAUGCUGCUAUCUUAUGAAGUAAUUAACUUUGUUUGGAGGACCAAAAUUGGUUGGAUGCCAUACUGUAUUUAAUGUGAUGUGUUCGUGUUGAGAAUAAUUGUAAUGGUGCGUUGUUUCGUUCUAUUUCAUGUGCAUUUUAUCAACAUGUUUAGAUGUUUAGUCUCUUGUGCUGUCUUUGGACCCAACUGCAUAAUACAAAGGUGGUCAAAAAACAUCAUUCACAAAUAAAGUGGUGCUU